CCCCUUUCCUAGGAGGGCAGGGUCGACGGUGCUUCUCUAACGGGAUUGGAGAAGAAAGGGGCGGGGCUUUUGAGUGGCAGGCAGAGGAGAAUCUGGUGCCUUUCUUGUGGUUUUUCGCACUCUUUGCUCGAAAAAGGAAGAUUAAAAAAGAACUAUGAAAAUCUUGGUCAUUGGACUUGGAGGUGUAACAAAUGGAGGGAAGACAACUCUGUCCAGAAAACUCAAGGACCAGUUUCCAAACUGCACAAUAAUCUCUCAAGAUGACUUUUUCAAGCCCGAAUCUGAAGUGGCUAUAGAUGACAAUGGUUUUCUGCAGUAUGAUGUUCUUGAUGCCUUGUACAUGGAAAAAAUGGUGAUGAGCAUACGUUCUUGGAUGAGCAAUCCAGAAGAUUCUGUGUUGACAAGACCACCAGAAAGGACACAUGUUGGUCAGAAAAGAGCUGAAGAAAUCCAUAUCUUAAUUGUUGAAGGGUUCCUUCUAUAUAACUAUAAGCCUCUCAGUGAUAUAUGGGAUAAAAAGUAUUUCCUGACUAUUCCUUAUGAAGAGUGCAAAAGGAGGAGAAGCAAAAGAAUUUAUAAUCCACCAGACCCACCGGGAUACUUUGAUGGACAUGUAUGGCCCAUGUAUCUGAAGCAUAAAAAGGAAAUGGAAGAAAAUGAAACUGGCAUUGUUUAUUUGGAUGGAAUGCAAUCACAGGAAAAACUCUAUUCAAGGGUGUUCAAUGAUAUUGCACAUGAAAUGGAAAAGGCAGGCGAACAACGUACUAUUAUGAAUGUAUAAGUUCAUGCUACAUAACAUCAACCAUGAAAAUAUUCAUGUAUAUUUUGUGACUAAAAUGAUGUUUUAGAAGAUAAUGGAAGCCUUACUAAACCAGAAGUGCACAGCCACAAUGCCAUGAUAUCCUAGUAGAUACGUAUUCUGUCUCUUUCCUGUUGGACAUGCUGGCCAAAUGCAGUGGUGCCAAUCAUCAAUUUUGGAAUUCUCAUUUUAAUUCCUUAAAAUUAUUAGGUUCUUAGUGGAAGAGAAUUUAUGCGGGAUUUGCUUCUCUCUUUGACAGCAAGAUAUUUCAAUUUCUGCAACACCAGCCAAGGUAUAUACUGUACAUUGUCCUCCUCACUCAAGAGAUUCGCACUUGAUUCUGCUUUGCUACUCCCUCAGUUCUCUAGUUUUUUUAUUCUAUUCCCACAACAAUACUUUAAGAAUAAUGAAUAUACCAGCUGUUCUAGCAAUGAAAGACGAAGUAAGUAGGGCCACUUUCGAUGGAUCAUUAAUGUACUCUUGAAAGGCUGGAAAUCUAAAAUAUUUUAGUUGACUAAAAUCUGCUUGGUAAAAAGAUAUAUAUAUUUAUUUAUUUAAAUAAAGAUAAUUCUGUUUUCA